CGCUGACUGGCCUCUGAGUGCCUUCUGAGUUCAGAUCGAAUUUCGAUAUAUUCCAUGGCGCCAGUUGUCUUGGGAGCCAAUCCAAAUCAUUCCCCUCGCGCUGGAUCUAAGGUGGUAAUAAUCCGUGGUCAGAAUUUUGGAACCACAGACUCCUUUCCAAUCGCCAAAAUCGGUGGCAUUCCUUGUCAGAUUACCAGGUGGAUUUCAGAUGAUGUCAUUCGUUGCGUAGUGCCACCUGGACAAGGAGUGCAUCUGACCGUCCAAGUAACGCGGGGACAGGACCAGCCCAAAGAAGGAUUGUUUCAACCCUCGUACAUGUUCACUGAGGAUACAUUGUGGAUCCCUUGCUACACCCUUCCUGGCAACUUUGAGCAAGUCAAUAUGGAAUACUCUGUCACACAAUCCCUUGCCCCUGAGACAAUCCAAUGCUUCAUUACAGGCCGCGUUAAUCAUUCUCCGAGUGUUCAUAACUCCCGGAAAAGGGAUAUUCUUAGCGUUGCAGACAAAGGGGUGGAUGUUGUUCAACUCACUGAUCUUGACCGCUACAUGCUCGUCAAUCCUAGGCAAGUCAAAGUCAGCGCAACAGCACUCAAGGUUGCUGUCUUGCGCAAAUAACUUUUUGUUAUGCAGGAGAUCUCCCACCGAUUUAGCCUUGAGCCAAACGGUCUUCGUUCUCCUUGCAUACAGAUCA